CCCUUCCGCUUCCUCCUGCCUCCUGUCCCGCUGCUGCUGCUGCUCCUCGCUCAGGGCCCCCCUCCAGGCUCUCCACAGCCCCGGUGCCUGCAGAAGCGCUCCGCGCCCCCAGCUGUCACCACCACCGCCCCCCAGGCCUCAGACGCCAUGCAGGCCAUCAAGUGUGUGGUGGUGGGAGAUGGAGCCGUGGGCAAGACCUGCCUUCUCAUCAGCUACACCACCAACGCCUUCCCGGGAGAGUACAUCCCCACUGUCUUUGACAACUAUUCAGCCAAUGUGAUGGUGGACAGCAAGCCCGUGAACCUGGGGCUGUGGGACACGGCGGGGCAGGAGGACUACGACCGCCUUCGGCCGCUCUCCUACCCGCAGACGGACGUCUUCCUCAUCUGCUUCUCUCUUGUCAGCCCAGCCUCCUAUGAGAAUGUCCGAGCCAAGUGGUUCCCCGAGGUGCGGCAUCAUUGCCCCAGCACGCCCAUCAUCCUGGUGGGCACCAAGCUGGACCUGCGGGAUGACAAGGACACCAUCGAGAAGCUGAAGGAGAAGAAGCUCGCGCCUAUUACCUACCCACAGGGCCUGGCGCUGGCCAAGGAGAUCGACUCGGUGAAAUACCUGGAGUGCUCGGCCCUCACCCAGCGAGGCCUGAAAACCGUCUUUGACGAAGCGAUCCGGGCCGUCCUGUGCCCCCAGCCCACGCGGCCGCAGAAGCGCCCCUGCAGCAUCCUCUAGGGGAUGAGCCCAGCCCUUCCAGCCAGAUGGUUCUGACCCUCCAGGACCCCCGAUGGCACCCUGGCUGUCCCCUCCUUGUGGCGUUUCCCAGCAAGAUGGCUGCUGAGCUUGGUCUUCUCCGUGCUAGAGGCCCCCAACCCCCGGGGCCCAAGGGGUGUGAAUCUGUAGGCGCUGCAUCCCCCUCCCCUUGCGCUCCUAUCUGGAACCAGAGGGGAACCCUAGGACCUGAUAAGCCGCCCCUGCGUUGCUGUGGUCAGAUGCCACACAUGGCAUUAUCUGCCUGUUUACCCCUCUGGAAACUUCGGGCCAGAUGGUCGCCGAUCACCACUCGUCCACCUUCAGGGACGGGUCUCUCGGUCGACUCUACUGUUGAUGAUUCUACUUAUCUGAGCGUUCUCCUCCUGAGCUGAAUUAAGGGUCUCAGAACCUUUACUCCUCUGGUCUUAGUCCUCCUUGGGGGGACAAUAUGAAAUAUUUGUUUUCUAAACCUCUAUGGACACCUACCCAGCCAACUGAAAGGCUGGGUCCAGCUGACUCCUGCCAUCUCUUGUCUUUCUGCUCCACUCACAGGAUCCUGAGCUGCAUUUACCUGUGAGGGCCUUAAAACUUUCAGCCCUUGCCAGUCAGGACUAUGCCAUUGCCCACAGAAAUCCAAUUCAACCUGCUUAAGCAGAAAAUAAAUUUAUUAAUUCAA